UAAUGCCACAAGGCUUCAGCAAUGACACAAAAAGCUAAAUAAUGCCACCAGGGGUAAAUAAUGCCACAAUGCUCAAUAAUGACGCAAGGCUAGAUAAUGCCACCAAGGCUGACUAAUGCCACAAGGCUUCAGCAAUGACACAAAAAGCUAAAUAAUGCCACCAGGGGUAAAUAAUGCCACCAAGGCUCAAUAAUUCCACAAUGCUCAAUUAUGACGCAAGGCUAGAUAAUGCCGCUAAGGCUCACUAAUGCCACCAAGGAUGACUAAUGCCACAAGGCUUCAGCAAUGACACAAAAAGCUAAAUAAUGCCACCAAGGGUAAAUAAUGCAACCAAGGCUAAAUCUUUAUUUGUAUGGGUAACUCAGUUUUAAAAUUUUACACAACAGAGAGGAUGCACGCCCAGGUAUUACACCAAGUGAGGUCCUUAACCGAAAGUAGUUUAAACCUUAAGGUUCUCCUCGAGAUGGUUCCAGUCCAUAAUUGUUCUGUUAAAGGAUGAGUUUAUAAGUUGGUCUGUGUUGCACCAGGAUAACUUGAAGCACUAGGAGUUGACGGCGAUGGAGCUUUUCAUGUAAUGAGGUUCCUUCUACAGAUUGUGACUGACGGAGUGUAAUUUACUCAUCCCUUAUAACGUGACCCAGUUACAGAGAAAUAGAGAGGUCAUGUGCUUGACAGUCUUCAUGCUGAACCCAGAACCCGAGGAGAGGGGAUAUCGGCUCAUACUCGCCUUCAAUCGCGAUGAGUUUUAUGGAAGGCCCACCAAGGCGUCUGAGUUCUGGGACAGGAAUCAUGAAAUCAUUAGUGACAGAACGCUUACGUUUUGGUUGGCAGGUCAAGAUAUGCGGGAAGGAAAGGAGGGUGGGACGUGGCUAGGGAUGAGUCGAUCAGGAAGGCUAGCAAUGCUUCUGAACAUCAUUCAACCGGACGGUAUUAACCCUGAUGCUAAAGGGAGAGGUUUCCUUGUGACAAAGUUUCUCCAACAUAGCCGGGACGGCCAGACUUACCUCCAAGGUGUGGUAAAUGAGCGAGAUUUAUACAACGGCUUCAAUCUCAUAACUGUAGAAUUCAGGAAAAAUAGAAGCAUUGAUGCCAACUACUACACAAAUUACGGUCCGGAGACGACGCAUCCUAUCAAACUGAAACCAGGCAUACAUGCAUUUUCAAACCACACCAUACACGAUACAUCAUGGCCAAAGACAGAUCACGUGAAAGCAGAAUUUGAGAAAAUAAUUCUCAAAUCAUCGAAUCUUACCAAGUACGAAUUGACUGAAGAGCUACUGGCAAUGAUGGCGCGUGACAUACCAUUUACAUCUGAUGCAGAUAUAUCAAGAGAAAACAUGGACAUCUUGAAGUUCAAAGAAGUGCUGACUGAAUUGGUGUUUAUCAAAUCGAACACGUGUGGAACAAGGUCUAUGACUGUUAUCCUGGUUGAUGCAGUAGGAAACGUGUCUUUCAUCGAGAAGACGUUGAAAGAACCGAUUAAUCCUGACCAUCCCGAAUGGGAACAACGGACACAUACAUUCUCCCUACAGUGAACUGUCCAGUGGUUUUGGCUACUGCCCUAGACUCGUGUUUAAUUUCAAGCCGCAGCCUAAGUAUUGAGACACAGCCUUAUUAGCCAGUAGCAAUACAAUAGUGGGUGACAAACAUAUAGCGUGACGUUAUUUUUACGGUGCACUUUCUAUUUUUGGAUCAUGACCAAAGCUGUGCAGCAAGUGGAGAUUUUUAUGUAAAAGAAUACAGGUGUCUAGAAAAAGUUAAGAACAUUUCUGAAUUGUGAGCAUGUUGGUACAUUGGCAACUAAAAGCCCAGUUUUUAGGAGGAGUUGUUUUUGACAACGUCUGCUGAAUUCAAAUUGUUAAAAUUUGUUACUCAAAGUGUCUAAAAACUAAGUGUCUCUAAACUAAGCCUGUGGUUUUCCUCGCAUCAGCAACAUUUUAUUCACAAUUUCCCAGUUCUGCAAUAAAGGUCCUGGGAAAAUAUUCCAAAGCAGUUGUACAAAAUGUUUGCAACGGACGUAAAAAUGAAUUGGAGCAGACUGAUUGCGUAGUAAAACAAAAUUGCAUUGCAGAGACCCUUUAUGAUGGCUUAUUUGAGAAUGCAAAAUCUGAUUUUCGGCGAACUCAGAAGUAAAAUAAUGGGAGAAUAUGUUAUAGCGAGUUAAUUCUGUCUAAUAUCCCAAGAUUAAUGCUACAACUGUUCCAAUAAUUGGGUAUCUCCCAAGGAGAUGUCCGUUUAUUGAAACAGUAUCCCGCGUCAGUGGGUAUACAGUCUUGUAGGUGUCGUUCUGCUUGUUCGCUCGCUUGCUUGUUUGUCUUCCUUUUCUGUCUUUUUAAAAGAGAGAUUUAUUUUUGAUACAGACUCACAUUUCAAAGUUACUGUCCUGUUUUUUAGUUUAAUAUCAAGUGGUUCAAGAAUAUUACACGUAGGCCUAUUACUUUGCAUAGUAUUUCGACCCUUUUGUGGAGUAGCUUGGACUCAGUUUCAUUCCAAGCAUCCGUAAUUCUCUUAUUAAUAUAAAGCCUAAUUUUGCCAUCCUCUGAGCUGUAAUGAUGUAUAGCAUUUAUAUUGUAAUUGUACAUGUAAUUGUACAUGUAUGCAACUGUAGUUAUCCCUGUAGGGUGCAAUAAGCAUUAGUAUUCAAUUAAGCUGAUUUGAAAUACUCUGCAAGGCAUGCAAAGAAAUUAAGCUGGUCCUGUAGCAGUGAGUCAUUCCGGUUUCUCAGAAGGUAGAUGUACAGUACUUAUUGAUGGAUUGAUUUAUUUUUAUACUUUAAUCUUUUAGCAUUUCCACUCUGUUUGCUCUUUUUAAUCUAAUUGUACAUUUUUAAACGUGUAACUGGCAUGUUAUUGUAGUGUUUGCUCUGUAGCAGUGGUGAUUUGAUGUGUAUUUACAUCCAGUUUCCUUUUUAAUUUUGAUGUAAUAUGCUGUCUUGUAUAAUUUUGUUUUUUCGGUGAAUGUUAAAUAUCUUUAGUUUUUUAUCUAGCUCAUGUACAGUUUACCCUCAGGGCCACGUCAUGUGUUGAACACCAACUAAAAACAAAAAUUGGGGUUUUAAAAUGAUAAAUGUGAUUUUCGAGGAUUUUUUUUAUUGUAUCGAGUAAACUGCAUGUGCCCAUGACUUAGUUUUUUAUGAUACCACAACUUAGUAAUCAAACCAUGGUCAAACCGCUUUUACGCACUCAAUAACCGCUGCCCAAAACAUUAACAGGUCGCACGUACAACCGGGCGCCUGUCUGGUUAAUGGACUCAUUGGCUAGCUCGUC